AUGAGGAUCAGUGUAAACGCGGUGAUCCUGAUAUUCACCACUCUCCUGUGGACUGCCGACGCCUUCGACAUCGGGCAAAGCCCCUGCACCACUCUGGUCCAGGGGAAACUAUUCGGCUACUUCGCCUCUUCGGUCGUCUUCCCCUCCAACCACUCCGCCGCCUGCUCGUGGAUUAUCCAGAACCCGGACCCCAGGAGAUACACCCUGUACAUGAAAGUGGCCAAGAACGGCCACGCCUGCGACCGGCACCUGGUCCGCACUUCCCAGUUCGACUCCUUCCUGGAGAGCACCCGCACCUACCUGGGGAUGGAGAGCUUCGACGAGGUCCUGAAGCUGUGCGACACCUCCACUCGCUACGCCUUCCUGCAGUCCAACAAGCAGUACCUGCAAAUGAAGCAGAGCGCCCCGGCGCCCGGCGGCGGCGUGGCCAGGGGCAGGGGCAGGGGGGGCAACCGAGCCAAGGAUCGGGAGUUCUCUGCGGAAUAUCUGGUGGUGGGGAACAGGAACCCCAGCAAAGGAGCCUGUCAGAUGCUCUGCAAGUGGCUGGAGACCUGCCUGGCCAUCAGCACCAGCUCCCGACCCUGCGGCAUCAUGCAGACCCCUUGCUUCUGCUUGGCCGGGGAGGUCGUGGAUCAGUCCACUGAGAUGUUGGGGCUAAACAAAAAGGGAGACAGGUGUUGGAAAGGGAGCACUUAUUUGGAGAAUUGCAUUGAGAGCCCGAAGGAAAACACUAAUGCGGAAUUCCCUGCAAAUGGACGCUAUAAUUCCAGAAGCCAGUCACUGAGGUCAAUAGACAACAGAAAGUGGCAAGACAUUGACGGGUAUCAACGCUACGGAUAUUCCCUUUCUCAGACAGUGCACGGCGUUUGGGAGGAGUGGUCGCCCUGGAGCUUGUGCUCCUCCACAUGCGGGAGGGGACAUCGGGACCGCACUCGCUCCUGCAUCCAACCCCAGUUCGGAGGCAACCCCUGCGAGGGUCCCGAGAAGCAAACCAAAUUCUGCAACAUUGCACUUUGUCCCGUGGAUGGGAACUGGAACGACUGGUCAAGCUGGAGCCAGUGCUCUGCCUCCUGCUCGAAUGGGACACAGCAGCGGACAAGAGAGUGCAAUGGGCCUUCAUUUGGUGGGGCUGAGUGUCAAGGCUACUGGUCUGAAAACAGGCCCUGCUUUCUGAGGAAGUGCCCAGUGGAUGGAAAAUGGCAAAAGUGGACCAGUUGGGAAUCGUGCACCAAAACUUGCGAUGGAGGGAAACAGCGCCGAGAGAGGAUUUGCACUGGACCUUUUUUUGGAGGGCUUCAGUGUGACGGAUCCUGGGAAGAGUAUAGGUUGUGCAAUGAGAAGCGGUGUCCAGAGCCUCAUGAAUACUGCCCAGACGAAAACCAUGAGUCGCUGGUGUGGACGAAGACACCAGCAGGGGAGUCUGCGGUGGUCAGAUGUCCACCAAAUGCUGCAGGAAUAAUCCUGAGGCGAUGUGUCUUGGACGAAGCUGGAAUCGCGUUUUGGGAUCCACCGAGUUUCCUCAAGUGUAUUUCAAAUGACUACCGGACACUUCAGUCGGAGACAAGGGAGUAUCUAUCCAAGGCCCAGCGAGGCUUGAUGAGCGAAGGGGUGUCGGAAGUCAUCAGCAACCUUGCGGACAUCUCAGAGGGGGGGACCAGCUACAGCGGGGACAUUGUAGCCUCGAUGAACAUUCUGAAGAACAUGACCGACAUAUUCCGGAGGACCUACUACACCCCGACAGCUGGAGAUGUACAGAAUUUUGUUCAGAUCGUGAGCAAUUUGUUGUCGGAAGAAAACAGAGCAAGAUGGGAAGAGGCUCAGCUGACGGGCCCAAACUCAAGGGAAGUGAUGCAGACAGUCGAGUUGUUCAUUGAUGUCAUUGGCUUUCGGAUGAAAGACUUCAGGGAUUCCUACAUAGUUACCCAAAAUCUAGUGUUAAGUAUUUAUAAACGUCCAGCCAUUGGGGCUACGGACAUAAAUUUCCCAAUGAAAGGUUGGAGAGGAAUGGUGGACUGGGCCAGAAAUUCUGAAGAUAAAGUUACUGUUUCGAAGAAUAUCUUUUCGACACGAUCCUCAGACCAGGACGACUCUUCAGUCUACGUGAUAGGAACUGUCCUGUACAGGAACCUAGGGGGACUCCUGGCUCUUCAGAAGAACAACACAGUGCUGAAUUCCAAGAUUAUCUCUGUCAUCAUGAGACCAUCUCCAAAAUCUUUACCCAGCCCUUUGGAAAUUGAAUUUUCUCAUCUCUACAAUGGAACCACAAACCAGUCGUGCAUUGUUUGGGAUGAGACUGACACCGCUGCUGCACAGGGGGUCUGGUCCAACCGCGGCUGCAAGACUCUCCCCAUCGACUCCGCUCGCACCCGAUGCUCGUGUGACCGACUCUCCAGGUUCGCCAUAUUGGCUCAGCUUUCUCCAGAUUCGAACAUGGAGAAGAUGGUGAUGCCUUCGGUCACACUGAUUGUCGGGUGUGGAGUCUCUUCGUUGACCCUCCUGCUGUUGAUCAUCAUCUAUGUCUCUGUUUGGAGGUACAUUCGAUCGGAGCGAUCAGUCAUUUUAAUAAACUUCUGUCUGUCCAUCAUUUCAUCAAACGCUCUCAUCCUGAUAGGACAAACUCAGACAAGGAACAAGGUUAUCUGUACACUAGUGGCAGCAUUCCUCCAUUUCUUCUUCCUCUCAUCCUUCUGCUGGGUGUUGACCGAGGCCUGGCAAUCGUACAUGGCAGUGACUGGAAGGCUGAGGAACCGAAUCAUUCGGAAGCGGUUCCUGUGUCUUGGAUGGGGACUCCCAGCACUGGUCGUGGCGACAUCCAUUGGAUUCACCAAAUCGAAGGGUUAUGGAACAGUGAACUAUUGUUGGCUUUCGCUGGAGGGCGGGCUGCUCUACGCCUUUGUGGGACCCGCAGCUGUUGUUGUUUUGGUCAACAUGGUCAUUGGAAUUCUGGUAUUUAACAAACUUGUAUCCAAAGAUGGAAUAACAGAUAAGAAACUGAAGGAACGGGCUGGGGCAUCCCUGUGGAGCUCGUGUGUGGUUCUGCCACUCCUAGCGCUGACAUGGAUGUCAGCCGUCCUGGCCAUCACAGACCGGAGGUCGGCCCUCUUCCAAAUCCUCUUCGCUGUCUUUGACUCUCUGGAGGGCUUUGUUAUCGUCAUGGUGCACUGCAUCUUGAGACGAGAGGUUCAGGAAGCCGUCAAGUGUAGAGUUGUAGAUCGACAAGAAGAGGGGAAUGGAGACUCUGGUGGAUCAUUUCAAAAUGGACACGCACAAUUAAUGACCGAUUUUGAAAAGGACGUAGACAUGGCAUGUCGAUCAGUUCUGAACAAGGACAUCAACGCGGUGAGGACGGGGACCCUGACGGGAACCCUCAAGCGCUCGGGCGCCCAGGACAAUGAGAUGAAAGUCAAGUUCAACCUCGGGAAGAACUCGGGCUUCGCCACCCUGCCGGCCAAUAUGUCCAAGAUGCACAUGCAGGGAUCGUCCAACUACUCGGGCUCCCUGAACAAGAACGAGUUUGGCGAUCACAGCCUGAAGCUGGAUAAGAGUGAGAAGACCAGGUCCAUAUAUAUCUGCGACGGGGACAUUUUCAAGCAGUUGGACUCAGAUUUAGUCCGGGCGCAGGAACAAGUCAUGGACGCCAACUACGUCAUCUUGCCCACCAACUCCUCGACCUUGAGGGCCAAACCAAAAGACGAUAGCAAAUAUAACAUUAGCAUCAGCCAGCUGCCCCAGACCAGGCUCAUUCAUCUCAAUGCAGACAGCGGAUUCUGUGCGAAAAACUCGCCAAUGGACCACAUUAACAUUGCCUGCAAUGAGAGAGGCUCCCCCGCCCACCAGACCCAGAAUAUCGGGAGCGACUCUCAGCUUCCCAACAACCUGGGCGACACGGGUGAUUCUGGGAACUCGGGAAUGGUGUCCAAGAGCGAGACAGUUUCCACGCUAUCCGCAAGCUCCUUGGAGAGAAGGAAAUCUAGGUACGCUGAAUUAGAUUUCGAGAAAAUUAUGCACACAAGAAAACGGCACCAGGACAUGUUUCAGGAUCUAAACAGGAAACUACAGCAUGCCGAAAAAGUGAGAGAGUCUCCAACAGUAGAGAAUAAAGUAGCGAAACGGUGGAGUGUUUCAUCAGCUGGAAGUGAUAAAACCAAUCUCAGCGAGAAGCAGACCCCAAUCAAACGGCCUUGGGAGGGAAUCCGAAAGAUCCAGUCCCCUCCUGGGUGGGUUAAAAAGGAGCUGGACGGCACCCAGCAAUCGCCUUUAGAAAUGAAGACGGUGGAGUGGGAGAAAACGGGAGCCACCAUCCCACUGGGUGGACAAGACAACACUGACCUUCAAACUGAGGUCUGACCCAACGAGGGAAAGAGAGGGGAAGAAAGAGAGACUUUUUUAAAAAAAAACAGAUUGGUUUCGUUUGAAACCUUAUUACAGUACCUGAUAUCUUGUUCUCAGAGAGAGAUUGUUUUAAUCUUUGUAAUGCAGCCAGUGUCCCGUCUUUCAUCGAAGGGGGUGGGGAGGGGGGAAAUGACGGUGCUCAUGAAAUGUCAGUUAACUGUAGUCCAGAAACUUAUCAAAAGACAGUCAUGGGCAAAUCUAUGUGUAUAUAUAUAAAUAUAUAAAACAGGUGGGGUGGGGGGAAAGGAAAUUCAGUUUUAGUGUUGAUCGCUUGAUAUCCAAGCAUUUUUUGCAUCAAAAUUUAAUGGCAUAUCUUGUCAUAUAUUGUGUAUUAUAUUAAAAAAGACAAAUUGAGAUUUCAAACAGUAAAUACAAUGAACAUACUUAAAAUAAACUGUGACGUUACCUAUCCAAUUUUAGAUAUAUAAAUCAAAAGCACAAAACCUUGGCUGCCCUGCUGUAUAAUAUGUAAUUAUUACACCUUAUUGACUUUUAGCUAAAUAUCUUUUUACUGUGUUUAAUCUCCUGUUAAGUUAACAGACUUUAACAGUAUUCUGUACAAUGACAAAGUAAAGCUAAUGUUAUGCUAUGUCCUUUAAUAAU